AUGGCAUCUCAAUUGCUUCCCCUAGAACUGAUCGACAAGUGCGUCGGCUCGAGGAUAUGGGUCAUUAUGAAGGGUGACAAGGAGUUCAGCGGCACUCUCACCGGUUUCGAUGACUAUGUCAACAUGGUGCUUGAGGAUGUCACAGAAUUCGACUACUCCGGACAGCACGUCAAGCUGCCCAAAAUUCUGUUGAACGGCAAUAAUAUCUGCAUGUUGAUUCCUGGAGGAGAGGGUCCUGUCUGA